UAAACAAAAACCUAUCCCGGAGUUUGAGGCAACAUCGAUCCUUGAGCUCUUCAGUGACAAAACCAACGUGAUAACUCGGAAGAUUUAUGGCAGUAUAAUCCGCUGCUUCUAUUGAAUGUUUUCUCAUUUAUGUUUAACUUCAUUCGAUACGUUUAGUAAAGUUUGUCCUUAAAACAAUGCUUAGUAUAUUUUUUUAUACUAUUAAUUUUUAUACUCCGGGAGUGUUACAGUUGGACAACAAAUUUCCAAAAGCUAGCAUGUAGCUUUUUGUCAGUGCUCUGAUUGAGUCUAGUUGCAACCAUUAGCGUCAUUAGCUCAUAAAUAUUGUCACCAUAUUGAAGCUAUCUGUUAAAAUGGAUAUUUUGAGGGACGAAGAAGUGCAUGAGCUGAAAUACAAACCCGGGGGCCGUUUGGAUAUGAGCCACGGCUUCCUGCACCAUAUCCGGAGGAACCAGAUUGCUAGAGAUGACUAUGAUAAAGAGGUGAAACAAGCCAAAGAGCUUCAGCGGCGGAGGCACACCACAACCCCUAGACGACCGCGUCGGCCCGACAUCCAAGUGUACCAUCCGCGACGAAGAUAUGGAUCAGAGUCAGGGGCUGGUGCUGAGGCUGAAGAGUGGAACGAGAGUGGCUCAAGCACAGAGACUGAGACCCAUGGGACUGAACUCUUCUGGCUUGACUAUCAGGCGGAUUCUGGUACCAUUACAUCCUUCCUUGUGCACAAGGAUGAUAAGCCUGAGAAGGUAGUGGAACGUGUUGCAGAAAAGAACAUCUUGGAUUCAGCGAUGAGGGCAGCUCUGGAGGCUCGGAUUCGAAAGGAAAUGGACAAAAGACGGGACAAACGCUGAUUGACAUCAAAAGCAAAAACUUAUUGGCAAAAGGGCUACAGGCUAAAGCCUGUGGAAUAACAUUUUAUUCGCAGUUCUGUGCUCCUCCAAAGCAUUAACGAUGUUGGCAGUGUUGGAGGCACAAUGAGGAACUGGAUCCUGUACAGUGACUGUCAGCAGAGAUCCAAUGUGUUGUCCCACAAUCAAGUAGAGUCUUCUGUUAUUAAAGGAGAAGGAACAGCACUUACCAUAGAGAGUCUGGUCAGGAGUUAACUGUCAUUUUCAUAUUUACUUCAUUUCACCCUCAACUUUUACCUCAUACCCUGAUUCAUAACUCUUGUUUUUUAUACAUCUUUGAGUUGACUGGACCUAUAAAAUUCAGAAAUGAGCAGGUACUCUUUGACAGAUUACCGUUAACCUUCAUCCUCCACUGCACGUCCUGUGUUUCUCAUGUUUACAAAAAUCUAGUUUUCACAAACAAGAUUUAAACUUUUUUGGUAAAUUGUUUUGAACAGAGCAUCUGUCGGUCAGUGAUCUUGUUUUAUAAAUGUGAGAAUUUAGUUUUGUUUCUUAUUGAGUUGGAGACUUUAGUGCAUGUAGCCUUGACAAUAUGUUUGUGGGACAACUGUGUUUCAUUGUUUUCAAUAUUCUAAUUUAUUUGGAGUUGUUGAGAGAGUUUUAUUUUUGAUACUGUGAUUUUUUUUGAGGAUGCAACUCUUUGUAUGCACAGUGACGUAUACAUAAAAGCCAUUUAUUACUGUC